CUGCCGUUGGAGGAGCCCCCUGCGGACACCAUGGCUGAGGACUCUGCCUCUGUUUCCAAAACCCAAAGAACCUUCCAGGAUGACACACUAACCUUCCAGGAUGACUUACUAGCUCCCUGUUUGGGGAGCCCUUAUCCAAGUUUUUAUACUGAGCCGGUCACUGUCCUGAGAUUCCCACCACUAUUCCCGGGAGAGCUGGUGCUGGAGCGGUGUGAGCUGGAGCUGGAGGCCAACGGCCGAGACCACCACACGGCUGACCUGUGCCGGGACAGGCUGGUGGUGCGGCGCGGGCAGUCCUUCUGGCUGACGCUGUACUUCGAGGGCCGGGGCUACGAGGCCAGCGUGGACACACUCACCUUCACUGUGACCACAGGCCCGGUGCCCAGCCAGGAGGCCUGCACCCAGGCCCGCUUCCCCUUGUCCGAAGUCGAGGAGCAGGGGACCUGGGCGGCCACGGUGGUGGACCAGCAGGAGGGAGUCCUGUGGUUACGAGUCAGCAGCCCGGCCAAUGCCCCCGUGGGCCUGUACAACAUGACCCUGGACACCUCCACCGGCUACCAGGGCUCAAGCUUCAUGCUGGGUCACUUCGUCCUGCUCUUCAACGCCUGGUGUCCAGCGGACGCUGUGUACCUGGAGUCGGAGGAGGAGCGGCGGGAGUACGUGCUCAUGCAGCAGGGCUUCAUCUACCAGGGCUCGGCCAAGUUCAUCAAUAGCGUCCCCUGGAACUUCGGGCAGUUUGAAGACGGAGUCCUAGACGCUUGUCUGACACUCCUGGAUGUCAACCCCAAGUUCCUGAAGAAUGCCAGCAAGGACUGCUCCCGCCGCAGCAGGCCCGUCUACGUGGGCCGGGUGGUGAGCGCCAUGGUCAACUGCAACGAUGACAAGGGCGUGCUGGAGGGCCGCUGGGAUAACAACUACAUGGACGGCAUCAGCCCCAUGUUCUGGAGUGGCAGCGUCGACAUCCUGCGGCGCUGGAAGGACUUCGGCUGCCAGCGGGUCAAGUAUGGCCAGUGCUGGGUGUUUGCCGCUGUGGGCUGCACUGUGCUGCGGUGUCUGGGCAUCCCCAGCCGUGUGGUGACCAACUACAACUCGGCCCACGACAAGAACAGCAACCUGCUCAUCGAGUACUUCCGCAACGAGUUCGGGGAGAUUCAGGGCAAGAGCGAGAUGAUUUGGAACUUCCACUGCUGGGUGGAGUCGUGGAUGACCAGACCGGACCUGCAGCCGGGGUACGAGGGCUGGCAGGCCUUGGACCCCACGCCCCAGGAGAUAAGCGAAGGCACCUACUGCUGUGGCCCGGUGCCUGUCCGUGCCAUCAAAGAGGGCGACCUGACCCCCAAGUACGACGCCCCCUUUGUCUUUGCUGAGGUCAACGCCGACGUGGUGGACUGGAUCCAGCAGGAAGACGGGUCCAUGCACAAGUCCGUCAACCAUUCCCUGAUCGUGGGACAGAAGAUUAGCACGAAGCGUGUGGGCCGCGACGAGAGGGAGGACAUCACCCACACCUACAAGUACCCGGAAGGGUCCGCGGAGGAGAGGGAGGCCUUCACGAGGGCCAACCACCUGAACAAGCUGGUGGAGAAGGAGGAGCUGGAGCUGGCCAUGCGGAUCCGCGUGGCCGAGGGCAUGAGCAUGGGCAGCGACUUCGACGUCUUCACCCACAUCUCCAACAACACGGCCGAGGAGCGCACCUGCAGCCUGCUACUCUGCGCCCGCACCGUCAGCUACAACGGGGUCCUGGGGCCCGAGUGCGGCACCGAGCACCUGCCCGACCUCUUCCUGGAGCCCUUCUCCGAGAAGAACGUGCCCCUACGCAUACUGUAUGAGAAGUACUGUGACUGCCUGACCGAGUCCAACCUCAUCAAGGUGCGCGCCCUCCUCAUCGAACCUGCCAGCAACAACUACGUGCUGGCUGAGAGGGACCUCUACCUGGAGAACCCCGAGAUCAAGAUACGGAUCCUGGGCGAGCCCAAGCAGAACCGCAAGCUGGUGGCUGAGGUGUCCCUGCGCAACCCCCUCACGGUGCGCCUCUUGGGCUGCGUCUUCACCGUGGAGGGCGCCGGCCUGACUCAGGAGCACAAGUCCGUGGAAGUCGCGGACCCCGUGGAGGCGGGCGAGGAGGUCAAGGUACGGGUGGACCUGCUCCCGCAGUUCGUGGGCCGCCACAAGCUAGUGGUCAACUUCGACAGUGACAGGCUCAAGUCCGUGAAGGGCUUCCGGAACGUCAUCAUCGGCCCCCCCUAAGGGGCGCCCGUGCCAGCACCUCCGCAGCCGGCUGAGAAUCUCUAACUGACCCCACUCUGUGUCCCAAGCUAAAGAGCAAAAAUCCGCCUCUUCUCUGGCUGUGGCUUCCCUGGGAGGGCUGGGCGGCCUGCGGGGGGCGCUCUUUGGAAUAGAAUGUGCUUCUGCUCUCUCUGUC